CUGAAUUUGCCUUGGACUGUGUGUUCCUAUCUUCCAAUGGUAAGUCCUGGCAUGAGCAGCUAUCUAGUCACAUUCCACAGUGAGAAGACCACAGGUAAGCAGCGAGAGAGAGAGAGAGAGAGAGAGAGAGAGAGAGAGAAAGAAAGAAAGAAAGAACGAAAGCACAGAAGACAUCAUGAAUACACCCCAAUACUGCCUUCUGAUGUUGCUUAUCUACUCGGGUGGACCCAAUGCAGGAGCUCUGAAUGGUAUUAGCCCGUUCAUAAGGCAUUACGAAGGCUUGUCUUAUGAUCGUGAGGCAUUAGACAGGAGACACCGGCGCGCCAAACGAGAGACCCAGCCUCAGGACCAGACACUGCAGCUGGACUUCAGAGCUUUUCUCAGGACCUUCCGGUUGCGUUUGAGGCGAGACACGACGGGAUUCACAGAGCCUUUUGAAGUCUUCUCUGAAAAUAUAUCAAGCACAGCAGACCUCUCCCAUCUAUAUUCUGGAGAACUUGAAGAUGAGAAGGGAUCUUCCUGUCACGGCUCGGUCAUCCAGGGCCAGUUUGAGGGUUCUGUCCUCACAGCCAAUGGGACGUAUUACAUGGAGCCUGUCCACAGAUACACCAGCCAGCCCACACAACACCACUCCAUCAUCUACCAUGAGGACGACAUGGAUGCUACUCCCAUGGAAAGCAGACAUGACGGGUUCUGUGGUGCAGAACGUCUGCAGCGCCUUGCCCAAAGCCUCAGACCCAAUCAGGACGUUCCAGUGUUCAGGUCGAAGAGAACAUUGGACCAGUCUAAAACCAGCUGUCUACUCCACCUCCAUGCUGACCACUUCUACUACAGGAAGUUCAAGAGUGUCGAGGCUGUUGUGGCUCAGGUUGCCUCCUACGUGAGAGCGGUGAAUGAUAUUUAUGACAAGGCCGACUUUGACGGUCUCAAGCUAAUCAACUUCAAAGUGAAAUCACUCAGUGUCAUGAGAGAGGAGGAUGAGACCAACCCCCUGAAUCGGCCCUUCCUCGGCCCAGAGAAGCUGCUCAGUCUGUUCUCUGAGAGUAACUGGGGAAACUACUGUCUGUCCUACCUGCUGACCAACAGGGACUACAGUGGAGUGUUGGGGCUGGCAUGGGAGGGCAAGACAGGAAACUGGGGAGGGAUUUGUUCGCGACACACUCUCAUGCGGGAUGGUAGCAACGCCAGUCUGAACACGGGCCUGAUCACGCUGCAGAACUACGGCCAGUACCUGCCCCCCCAACACGUUCAGCUCACCCUGGCCCAUGAACUGGGCCACAGCCUGGGCGCCCCUCAUGAUGAAGGUUUGGAUUGUGGGAACCUGGGUUCUUCUGGAGGGAAAGGCAGGUUCUUGAUGUUCCCUCACGCUACCAAUGAGGUCCGGGAGAACAACGAUAAGUUCUCUCCCUGCAGCAUCAAGCAUAUCAGCCGAGUCCUGAAAGUCAAGAAGGAUGACUGCUUUGUGGUCAGCGAUCAGCCCAUCUGUGGGAAUCAGAUCGUGGAGGAGGGGGAGGAGUGUGACGUGGGCCACAAUGAGACAGACCUCUGCUGCCACAGCGCCAAGGAAUCUGUGGGCAUCCAGUGUCGCCUGAAACCUGGCAAGAAGUGCAGUCCCAGUCAGGGUCUGUGCUGUGGGCCAGCGUGUGUCUUGAAACCGUCAGGGGUCAGCUGUGAGGAGGAGUCAGACUGUCAGCUGGAGAGUAUUUGCUCUGGUCUCUCCCCCAUCUGCCCCGAGCCUGUGGCCAAGGCCAACAUGACCAUAUGCAGUCUGGGCACCCGGGUGUGUCUCAACGGGAACUGUGCUAAAUCACUGUGUGUGAGGUACGGCCUGGAGCAGUGUGACUGUCUGGGAGAGUCCAAAAACGAAAAGUGCCACAUGUGCUGUCAACAGCCGGACAAGCCUGCAACCUGCGCCAGCACCACAUCCUCUGUCUUGACCAGGCAUUUCCAGGGAAAGCGUGUAGCCUUGGUUGCCGGGGCACCGUGUUCAGCCAAGCAGGGCUACUGCGACAUGUUCCAGGUGUGUCGCAUCCUGGACGCUGACGGGCCCAUCGCCAGGCUGAAGAACUCCUUUCUCCACCUGGUAGACCUGGAUGAGUUUGAUGACAUGGCUGAGUGGAUAAAGACUCACUGGUGGGCCAUUCUCUUGGUCAUCAUGACUCUGUCUGCCGUGAUGGUCAGCACCGUGUGCCUGUGUGGACGUACCCUGGACAUGGGUGACCCAGAGUAACCACUGUAGCUCCAACAGUGGCAGUUGGUGCCAUUCAAGAUUAGGGAGAGCAACAAUUUUUUUUAUGAGCAUGGCCUUAUUUCGAUUACAGCAUAUUGGAUGACUGCCAUUCAUAUUCCCUUCACCCAGCUCAAUAUAACAUCGAUAGGCUUAGGCUACUACAUGAUACUCGAAUUGGCCCUAUACCCAUCAUGAAGUUGCUACAACCUAGGCUAAAAAUGAACGUUUAUAACGUAGGUGCACAGGUCUAGAAACAAAUUGGAGUAAUCACAUUCACAUUCAAUUCUGCCUUGCACACUCUUGCCUGUAUCUAUCUGAUCUGGGAUGUAAUCAUUAGCCCAAGCAGUUAGAAGACGUUCAGUUUUGCAACUAAACCUAUAGUUUCUAUUGGACAAAUUCAGGUAUGUCCCUCCCCAUUUAGUUCUGUUUGCUUCCGUUUAAGAAACGUUUUGUAACAGAACCGGCGGAAUGAAUACUCCCCUGAUCACCUGCACACAUAGUUCACUUUCAUAGCAGCCACAUACAGCAUCAUCACUUUGCUCGUUCUAUAAUUCAUUCUCGCAUCUACGCGCUCUCCUUCUCUCACCUUUUUUCUUCACUUGUGGACUUCAGUUCAUAACUCAACAGCUGUCCGUGACUAGGCACAAAAACCUCUCCAAGCCAAACCUUCAUACCAAAACCACUAACCGCUACACAGCCUACAUCGUUGUCACCAUAUAAAGGUUAUAGUCAUCAAACUAUAACUAACGAGUUAGUAAACCCACAAUCCAAGCCAUGUGUACAAUUACACAGUACAGUGUACAGCAAGCAGUUUAGCAGUUACCACAGCGGGCCCAGGUAGCAAUACAUUUAUAAAACCGAAAGCUUACCUUGACUUUGAAGAGUUGCAGUGUUGGAAAGCCUUAGCCAGCAAGCUAACAUAAAUAGCAUUCCUCUCUGUUUCAGUCAGGUUGUUGAGUAGGCUAAAUUAGCUGCAUUAGUUAAGUAAGUGAAAGGGGUAAAUUAAGAAUUUUAAAAAUACAACAAAAUAUAUCUCUCUGCUGCUUCUUAAUUUUUUAAGAAAUGUAUUUCUUCAAAACAGUUAAACUAUUGUCUUUCUCUUUAAGUCAACUUCUCACCACACUAGCUUGUGCUUUCAGUAAUAGAUUAAUUCUCUGAUCAUUUGAUUGAAUGGACAAGAUGUUAGUUCAUACUGCAAGAACUCUGAUAGGUUGGAGGAUGUCAGAGGUGGGAUCAAUACACUAUCAUUCAAGUCUCAAUUCGAGUCCCAAGUCGAACUGGUUGAGUCUCGAGUCAAGUCCAAGUCGUGCAUUCUAAAGCAAGUCAAGUCGAGUAGAGUCACCCGUUUUUUCAAGUCAAGUCUCAAGUCAGUAAAUAAAUAGUCUAUACAUGCAAUGACUUGUUCAACUUUUUCUGUUUAAUGAGGCUACCAGACUGCAUUUUUCAUUAUUUUGUCUACAACAUAUUUUGAUACAUUUCAAGCAAUUUUGACAUAGCAAAAGACAAGUAAUUUCACAUAAGUAUUCAGACCCUUUAUUCAGUACUUUGUUGAAGCACCUUUGGCAGCGAUUACAGCAUAGUGUAUACUUGGGUAUGACGCUACAAGCUACUUGUAU